UCACCGAAAAACACGCCUCCCUCUCGCGAGUGCAAAACGAUAAAUGUGUGUGGGGAGGAGCUUGGCUAGAGUAGACUCUGUAAAUUGUCUUGUUAAAAAAAAGAAGCUGGCGCUACUGUUGGAUACAAAGAGUAGGCUGCGCGCGAAAGCAGUCUCUCUCUCUCUCUCCGCCUCAGCAUCAGUCUGCCGUCUUCUCUGACGCUGUUGCCGGUAUCUCCAAGGUCUCUGUCAAAGACAUACACGCCUUAUGAAGGGAGCGAGAGUUGUCUGCCGCCAGUGUUAGAGGGGACGGUGGACAAAAGCUGUUUUGAGUAGCUGUGCCGGUAGCUGCUGGACUUUUAGUGUGACUUCCGCAGUGGAUAGUAGCAAUCUUCUGGAGAGUAGCAGACGCCCCAACUGGUAUUCUGUCUCUCAGCUUUUUAGUAGGCUGUCAGCAGUAGGGGCUGGGUAAGACAAUACACUAGACAUGGAGAAAAAGCUGGCAGAGCUACCGUCUUCCGGCUCUUUUAUGCCUACUUCCAAAGCUGAAGAGAAUCUGCAGCCCCCAAUAGGUUUAGUCCCCCAGAACCCAGCUUCAGUCUUCUCCCCCUUGUCAGGAGGACUGACACCCAGCGUAGAGGCACAGGUAGAUGCCGUGCAAAAGCCGCUACGACCAACAGCAAGCCAGAGUCGUUUCCAGGUGGAUGUGGUGUCCGAAGGUGCCGAUGGCAGUUGCACCGGUCCCCAAGACAUUACAGAGGCAACCGAGCUAGGUACGGAUGAGAGACUCUUAUCUCGGGCCAACUUCCCCGGUACAGCGCCGUCGGCCUUGCAUGCAGCAUCAGCACCAGACUCACUGGAGGAGGCAAAGGGUCGGUUCCGGGUGAAUUUCGUAGAUCCAUCUUCUGAGAGCAGCUCCCCUGAUCAGCAGGUGGUGGGAAACAACAAUCUGCCCAAUGAAGCCGCUGUGAGUUUCCAGAAUGGAGGGGAAACAGUGAUGAGCGAGAGUAGCCUGCAUUCGUCCUCUGGGGGCCAACCGCACUAUUAUUAUGAUACGCAUACUAAUACGUAUUAUUUACGGACUUUUGGCCACAACACGAUUGAUCCGGUACCGAGGAUUGACUUCUAUCGUCAUACCGCUGCCCAGCUUGGGGAAAAACUGUUAAGACCCACCUUAGCGGAGCUGCACGAUGAGCUGGACAAGGAACCGUUUGAAGAUGGUUUUAUGACAGGGGAGGAUACUCCAGCUGAAGAGACCAUUGCUGCUACUGUAGUUGACACCACAGGAGCUGUAAGGUUUGGGUGGAUUAAAGGUGUACUGGUACGAUGCAUUUUGAAUAUCUGGGGUGUAAUGCUGUUCAUCCGACUAUCUUGGGUCGUGGGACAGGCUGGGAUAGGACUUGCUGUUGUAAUAGUGGGAAUGGCUACUGUUGUGACAACCAUCACGGGACUGUCCACUUCGGCUAUAGCCACAAAUGGAUUUGUGAGAGGAGGUGGUGCGUAUUAUUUAAUAUCGAGAAGUUUGGGGCCUGAGUUUGGUGGUGCAAUUGGACUCAUCUUUGCCUUUGCUAAUGCUGUGGCAGUAGCAAUGUAUGUAGUUGGCUUCUCGGAGACUGUUGUGGAUCUCUUGAAGGUCAACAAUGCAAAUAUGGUGGAUGAAGUUAAUGACAUUAGGAUAAUUGGAGCCAUCACCAUUGUUGUACUGUUGGGGAUCUCUGUAGCAGGAAUGGAAUGGGAAGCAAAAGCUCAAAUUGUGCUGUUGGGGGUCCUUAUACUGGCCAUAAUCAACUACCUCAUAGGAGCUUUUAUCCCACUUGAUGACAAGAAGCCUAAAGGGUUCUUCGGUUAUAGUGGUCAGAUAUUUAAUGAAAACUUUGGCCCAGAUUUUCGAGAUGAACAAAAUUUCUUCUCAGUAUUUGCUGUUUUCUUCCCUGCUGCAACUGGUAUUCUAGCCGGAGCGAAUAUCUCAGGUGACCUUGCGGACCCUCAAUUAGCCAUACCUAAAGGAACACUCCUGGCUAUUUUAAUCACUACGAUUGUUUACGCAGGAGUUGCAGUAUCAGUAGGUUCUUGUGUUGUCCGUGAUGCCACAGGAAGUGUCAAUUCUACAGUCACUAUGAACAAUUGGAGUAAUUGCACAGAUGCAGCUUGUAGCUUAGGUUUUGACUUCUCUUCUUGCAAACCUGCUGGAAAGUGUAAAUAUGGAUUAAUGAAUGAUUUUCAGGUAAUGAGCUUAGUGUCUGGAUUUUCACCCCUAAUAGUAGCUGGCAUCUUUUCAGCUACUCUGUCUUCAGCUUUGGCCUCCUUAGUGAGUGCACCUAAGGUCUUCCAGGCUUUGUGUAAGGACAACAUUUAUCCAGGCCUGCAGAUGUUUGCUGUUGGAUAUGGCAAAAACAACGAACCUCUUCGGGGUUACAUUCUAACCUUCCUUAUUGGUCUCGGCUUCAUAUUAAUUGGUGAACUGAAUGUCAUUGCUCCGAUAAUCUCAAACUUUUUCCUGGCUUCCUAUGCUUUAAUUAACUUUUCAGUAUUCCAUGCAUCACUUGCAAAAUCUCCAGGUUGGCGGCCUGCAUUCAGGUACUACAAUAUGUGGGUUUCCCUCGUAGGAGCAGUUUUGUGCUGUGCAGUGAUGUUUGUUAUCAACUGGUGGGCAGCACUGUUAACCUACGUGAUAGUCCUCUCUCUGUACAUAUAUGUGACCUACAAAAAGCCAGAUGUGAAUUGGGGUUCUUCAACACAAGCCUUGACGUAUCUAAGUGCACUGCAGCACUCUAUUCGUCUUACAGGAGUGGAAGAUCACGUCAAGAACUUCAGGCCUCAAUGUCUUGUUUUAACUGGUGCCCCCAGCUCACGUCCAGUACUACUUCAUCUGGUCCAUUCCUUUACAAAGAAUGUUGGUAUGAUGAUUUGUGGCCAUGUGCAUAUGGGUCCACGAAGACAAGCAAUAAAGGAACUUAUUACUAAUCAAGCCAAAUACCAGAGAUGGUUGAUUAAGCAUAAGACCAAAUCCUUCUAUGCACCAGUUUUUGCCGAAGAUGUUCGGGAUGGAGCUCAGUACUUGAUGCAGGCUGCGGGUUUAGGUCGGAUGAGACCAAAUACACUUGUUGUUGGCUUUAAGAAAAACUGGAAGCAUACAGAUAUGAAAGAUGUGGAUGACUACAUUAAUGUAUUGCAUGACGCCUUUGACUUUCAGUAUGGUAUAGUCGUCAUCAGGCUAAAGGAAGGUUUGGACAUUUCUCAUCUUCAAGGCCAUGAAGACUUGUUGGCCUCCCAAGAGAAGUCCCCUGGGCAGAAGGAUUUUGUAUUAAAUGUAGAUCAUGGAAGAGAAACUGAUGCAGAUUCUUCUAAACCUUCAUCAAAGUCGGCCAGUGAAAGUAACACUCCACAGAAAGAUGAAGAAGAAGAUGGCAAAGCUUCAACACAACCACUAUUGAAAAAGAAAGAACCCAAAUGUCCUUCACCUCUGAACAUGGUAGAUCAGAAACUACUGGAGGCAAGCUCUCGAUUCCAGAAAAAACAAGGCAAAGGCACAAUCGAUGUGUGGUGGCUGUUUGAUGAUGGAGGUUUGACUCUUCUGAUUCCUUAUGUACUCACUACCAAGAAGAAGUGGAAAGACUGCAGGAUUAGAGUAUUUAUUGGUGGAAAAAUUAACAGGAUAGACCAUGACAGAAGAGCGAUGGCUACACUGCUGAGCAAGUUCAGAAUAGAUUUCUCAGACAUCAUGGUCCUUGGAGACAUUAACACUAAACCAAAGAAAGAGCACAUUGUAGCAUUUGAAGAAAUGGUAGAACCAUACAGACUUCAUGAAGAUGACAUGGAACAAGAUGCAGCUGAUAAGAUAAAGGCAGAGGAACCCUGGAGGAUCACAGACAAUGAACUGGAGGUGUACAAGAUGAAGACAUACCGGCAGCUGCGUCUCAAUGAACUUAUAAAGGAACACUCAAGCACAGCAAAUCUAAUUGUUUUGAGCCUACCUGUUGCUCGGAAGGGUGCUGUGUCCAGUGCACUAUACAUGGCUUGGUUAGAAGCUCUUUCCAAGGAUUUGCCUCCUCUACUGCUUGUUCGAGGCAACCACCAGAGUGUGCUCACCUUUUAUUCUUAAUACUACAGCACAGUGUGCAGCCUGAGGAGAUGGUACUUCAGUAGCUAGACAUGGGGGAAGAUAGGAGUUUCUAGGAAAUAUACACAUCACAGAAAGUUAAACCAUGGUGUUUCUUAUUUUUCACGAAUUCUAGUUACCUAAAGUACACCUAAUGGAAAAUGUGACAAUUAAAAAAAGAAAAAAAAAAGAUUUUGGACCCUUUUAGCUAAUCUUCAGGUUCUCUUACUUAGAUGAAUGAUUCAGUGAAGGAAAUUCCUGUUUUUGGACUGAAGAAGUUUUCCUGUUGCUGCUUGGAUAGCAGCAAUAAAGUUUUUUUUUUUUUCUCACAUCACUUUACUGCAUUUUGGAUUUUAAAAUGGACCUUCACUGCCUUAUUGAGGUGCCUUCGGAAAGUAACCAAAUUCCAUUCCUAGACUUUAUAUAUAUUUGAGUGAUGGAUUCUGCCUUUAGCAAGAACUAUAGGCUGGUCAUCCCCAGUCUUUUCCAUCUGGAAGUACAGGGAACUGCUGAUCUCACUCACUUUUUUUGUCUUCCAUUGAGCUGCUAUUUUUAUGUGUUAUAGUAAUUUCCAUGACUUAUAUUUAGUAGUAGUUCUGAGUUGAAGGUUGUGUCGUAGGGACAACUUGCCUUAACUUAUCUUUCUAAACCAACAUUGUAGCUGUGCUCUUCUGUUUUCUUUGUCUCGAAAAGGGGGCAGAAGAAGAAAAAUGGCAGUGCCUGAGCCAUGAUUUAUAGUGCAUCCUUCUGUGGGAAAAUGCUGUUCAUGUGAUAUGUUUGUGUUAAACAUGAUCUGAGGUAAAAUUAAAAAAAAAAUACAAGCCAUGCUAUUAGUGUAAAGGGAAAGAAAAUUAGAAAAAUGCUGUGAAUGCUUUACUGAAUGCAUUUUAUGAUAGCUGAAUGUCAAAUACCGGUAGCCAUUUUUUGGGCCAGUGUCACUAUCUGUCUUAUGGCUGCAGAACAGUCUGCGUUCAUUGUUAAGUCUAAAUAGCAGCUCAUUAACUUUCUUUCAGAAACCCUUUUCAUUUAGUUUUCCUUUAACCUCCUGAUCAGAUGAUUAUGGGUUUUGUUUUGUACCAAAUAUCAUAAGGAAAUCUGAGGUAUGUAUAUUGCCUCAUCCCAGCUCACUUGCAUAUGAGUGAGGGUCUGGUCACUCAGAUACAUGAACGUGGAACAGACUUUGUAGUCUGAGCUAGCAAGAAGCUUUCAUAAAAAUAAAACAAAAACUGGCUCUAGCAGUCCUGGACCUAUUCUAAAUAUGCAGUGUUGGGAGUUUGCCUUGUAUAUUUCUUUUAAUUUGAACUUUUCCAUGCCCUUUAUUAAUGGAACUCUGCAGAGUCCCCUUCAUUUUUACAUUAUGUAAGAGAGGGUGUCUCUUUCUAUUCACAUUAUUUUGUAAGUAAGAUUGUCUGUAAUGAAAUGUUUAAAAACUUUGAACCCAGUACUUGAAUUCAGUGGAAGCUAUUUAUUGGGCUUAUAGCUCUGAGUGAAAUAAUGUAAGUAGUUGAGAUUUCUUUUAGUCUGUUUCCUUUGAAAGUAUUUUACAUGCUGCUGCCUGCUAAGUUUUGGCUAUAUGUGUACAUGUAUAUCUGACUUUAUAGUGGAAUGAUUGUAUGUUAACUCAUUCAUGAUCCACUGUAUUGUCUCUUUCCCAGUCCAAGCAUUCAUUCAGCCUCUGAUUAAUUCCACAUGAGGGCAAAAUGCCUACCUCCACUAAAGAUGCACAAAUUUCACUGGGGUGCAGCCUCUCUGUUAAUAGCACUGAUGGGAGGCAUAGAGUUUUCACAUGUAGGGAACAAAAUUCAGCCAUUUUGAUGUCAGCCAGUGGCCCAUUAGCUAAGCUAGUGUUGGUGUGGUUCAAACCACUAUAAGUAGUCACAUAUUUUAAUUUGUAGUGAAAGUGCAACAUUUGAAGUCAUGGUUUGGAAACAUGCUUUUAUCAAAAUUAAAAAAUGUUAAAAUGAUAA